AUGCGCCUACCACUCGAAACGAUCGAGCACAUUGCAGCGUACAUCCCGUCGCGACCGGCGCUCGUCGCAUUUUUGGAUGUUCUGCCCGAGCAUACGCCAGCGAUGGACGUCGUCCGGAUUUGGGGCAAGACGGACGGCACGCGCCAUUGUGGUUUUGUGAGUUUUUGCAGACUGAGCAUGUCGUUCGAUACGCGCUUAUUCGAUCACUACGAGGUCGAUCCGGCGUCAAUUGCUGCGUACGCUGCCGCGACGCCGUUCGCACCGCAAGUGUCGGUCACCGUCGGCAACAUGGCGCAGUGGGACCGGUACGUCGACGCCAUCGCCCACCUCGUCACGUCGGUCACGUUCGAGCCUGACGCUGCCUUUGAUCUUCCCAACCAAUCGAAUGCGCUCCGUGACGCGCUCGUCGCGUGCCCCCGCGUGCGCAUGCUGUACAUCCGAUACAAAACCUCGAGCGACAGCAUCGGAGCUCUCGCCAGUAUUGACGACGUUAUCAGCGCUGCACCCCGCAUGCCGCAGCUCACGUUUGUCGACAUCAAUGGCUCGGAGACCGUGCACCGUCUCGCCGCAUCGAGCGUGAAGAGCCUCGUCCAGUGGGUUGAGACGGGGCCAGCCACGUACCUCCGACUACACCAUUUGAGCGUGGCGAUCGAUGAAAACGGUCGUGACGGCGUCGGUGCGGCGCUGGCGUCGGCGAUCUCGCGCUCGACGACACUGGAAACGGUCGACCUGAAGAACGUGACGUUCUUCAACACGCACGGCCUUUUCGGGCAGCCACUGCCGCCGACGCUGCGCACGUUCCGCUGGACCAGCGACGAAGGCGCGCGACGCCGCUCGAAUACAGCAACACUCGCCCGCUACCUCGUGGCCUCCCUCGCUUCGGCCACCCAUCUGGAGACGCUCCAUCUCGCAGGCAAGAAAACGCUGUGCUCGACGACGCUGGUGGCCGAGCUCGCAGCGGCCUUGCCAACGAUGCAGCACCUCAAGCUGUUGUACCUCAAGGACAACUCAUUGCGAGGCGUCGACAUCGCGCCUCUCACGGCAGUUCUUCCGCUGCUGCCCGCUUUGGAGACGCUGCGAAUCAAAACAACGCGCCUCGACGACGCCGGUGCACUGGCGCUCGCGUCGAUGCUUCCGCGCUGCACCUCGCUGCGCGAACUGAUGCUUCAACGCGGUGCGUACAACGAAGCGUCGUCCGAAGCGCUAUUGGCAGUCAUCGCCCGAAUGCCCGUUCUCGAUUACGUGGCAAUCGACGUUGCAACCCGUUGUCGCGACGGCUGGAUACAGCGACUGAGUCCGCUGCUGGCAACGUGCGCCAUUACGACUGGCCAACUCACGCUCUACAGUUUCAACGUCUCGACGGCGGCGCGCGCGGCGCUAGCCAGCGCCUUGUUUGAUUGGGCAUUCUGCAAUUUACUGUCGACCAUGGUCCUUCCGCUCGAGACGAUCGAGCUCAUUGCGUUGUACCUCCCGUCGCAUGCCACGCUCAUGACGCUGCUGCGUGCGCUGCCAGAGAAGACGCCAGGGAUGCAGCACGUUUUUACAUGGGGAACGACGACCUGCCCUCCCGGCUGCAGCUUGGACGCACUCCGUAUGACCUUUAACGCGCACGAGAUGGCCGAGAGAGGCCAGAGUGGCGCCCCAGUUGCUGCGUACGCGACCGCCGCCGCGCCGUUCGUACCGCAAGUGGCCGUUACCAUUGGCCGGUUUAACGAGUGGACCUCCCACGUUCUCGCUCUUGCGCAUCUCGUGACUACUGUGACGCUUGUGCCGUCCAACGGCUUUUGCAUGAGUCCUGACGAAGCGGCGGCGAUCCGGGCCGCGCUCCUUGCCUGCCCGCGCUUGACAACGCUGUGCAUCGACUACUCGAAUUGGUUUGGCCGCACCGGCGACAUCAAGCAGAUCGACAUAAUUCUCAGCGCCCCACUGCCGCGCCUGGUGCACGUCGACAUUCAAGCAAGUCGCGACAACGAGAUCGAUCUGCCGCCGUCCGUUGUCGACAGCCUCGUUCGAUGGCUCGAGACGCGCCCGGCGGUGCGUCUCCGGGUGCGCUACGCCAGCCUCGCGAUCGACGACGACGGCAACGACGGUGUCGGUCCAGCCUUCGCAGCCGCCAUCGCCCACUCGACGACGCUUCAAGACAUAGAUCUCAAGAGCCUGCAAUACGUUGGGUCGCAUGGCCUGGAUGGACUGCCGCUUCCACGGUCGACGCGUGUCUUUCGCUGGACCAAUCAAAGCUAUACCGAUGACGCGGCCGAGGUCGUGACGCGCCGCCUCGGGCAGUCGCUGGCCACGGCAACGCAACUUGAAGAGCUCCGACUCUCGCGCAACACAUCAUAUGCAUUUGCCCUUUGCCCGCGAACGCUGAUCGCCGAGCUUGCGACCGUGCUUCCCACGAUGCAGCACCUCAAAUGCUUGAACCUCAAAAACACAUUUUUCGACGGCGUCGAUGUCUCGCCCUUGACGUCCAUUCUGCCGUCGCUCCCGGCUCUCGCCACGCUGCGUGUGAACCAGUCGCGACUGGACGACGAUGGCGCCUUGGCGUUCGCGUCGGUGCUGCCCAAAUGCACGGCGCUCCGCGAGCUCAAGCUUCGGGACAACUCGUACAACGAGGCGGCGGCAGUUGCCUUGCUCAGCGCGACCGCGGUCAUGCCAGCGCUCCAGGACGUUGAAAUCGACGUGGCCACCAACUGCAGAGACGGCUGGGCGGCGCGACUGAGCCCACUCGUCGCGCGCUGCGCCAUGACGACGCGUCGAAUCGUACUGUACAGCGUCCACAUCUCGGAAGCCGCGGCCCGCGGCACACCACGACUAUGA